GCGCAGCCCGUUUAAACGCUGCGGCUCGUUUCCUCCGCUCAGUGGGAGCCGCGGCAGCAGCUGCAGUCCGCCGGGAGGUCGUUUGAUUGAAAAAACUCACUUCCUGUCGCCAACCUGCCAGCCGCUCUGCUGCCUGCGCCGCGCUGCGAGGGAACCUGGAAAACCCUGAUUCAACCUGGAAAACCCUGAUUGUUCCUGAUUGAUCCUGGAGGAGCCGUCAUCAGCCAUGUCUCCUUUCCUGCGGAUCGGCUUCUCCAGCUUCGAGAUCGACCCCGGCUUGGCGUACUACGAGGAGGCGCUGAACCCGUACUGCGCCGUCUACAUGAAGGAGGCCGUGGACACAGAGAAGGGCCAGGUGUACAAGCAGAAGAAGCCCACCAUGUACCCGCCGUGGAGCUCCACGUUCGAUGCCCACGUCCACCGCGGCCGCAUCAUGCACGUCAUGGUGAAGGACCGGACGGCCGAGCUGCGGUCCGAGGCCACCGUGGCGCUGGACUCCCUGGCCACGCGCUGCAAGAAGGAGAACGGCAAGCUGGAGAUCUGGCUGGAGAUGAAGCCGCAGGGCCGCCUGCUGAUGGAGGCCCGGUACUACCUGGAGAAGAGCGACGCUGCGGGUCAGGCCGGCGCCGACCCGGACUCGGAGCGCGGCAGAGACGGCCUGUUCACGCUGCAUCAGCGGCGCGGCGCCAUCAAGCAGGCCAAAAUUCACCUGGUGAAGUGUCACGAGUUCAGCGCCACCUUCUUCCCUCAGCCCACCUUCUGCUCCGUCUGCAAGGAGUUCGUCUGGGGUCUGAACAAGCAGGGCUACCAGUGCAGACAAUGCAACGCUGCCAUCCACAAGAAAUGCAUCGACAAGGUCAUCGCCAAAUGCACCGGGUCGGCGGUGAACAGCAAGGAGACCAUGAUCCAUAAGGAGCGCUUCAAGAUCGACAUGCCGCACCGCUUCAAGGUGUACAACUACAAGAGCCCCACCUUCUGCCAGCACUGCGGCACCCUGCUGUGGGGGCUGGCCAAGCAGGGGCUGAAAUGUGAGGAGUGCAGCAUGAACGUUCACCAUAAAUGCCAGAAGAAGGUGGCGAACCUCUGCGGCGUCAACCAGAAGCUGAUGGCUGAAGCUCUGGCCGUCAUCGGGAGCCAGCAGCAGGCGAGAAGUACUAAAGACGGCGACAUCAUGGGUCGAGAAGGUCCGGUGGGCAUUGGCCAGCCGGGCGUGGUUCGGGCACCGUCCGGGUUGGUACCGGGUCUGCCCGUCACGCCGGCGCCUGCUAGCAAAGAUCCGACGGGCGUUUUGUGGGAAGGGCCGACCGAGGUGAGCAGGCCGACCCCGGAGGCGGCCCAGGAGGAGCCGCUGUACGCCGUCCCAAAGAAGGACCAUCAGCAGAAGUUCAGCAUCGACGACUUCGUCCUGCACAAGAUGCUGGGCAAAGGAAGCUUCGGAAAGGUGUUUCUGGCCGAGCUGAAGAGGAGCGGGAAGUUUUUCGCUGUGAAGGCUCUGAAGAAGGACGUGGUGCUGAUGGACGACGACGUGGAGUGUACGCUGGUGGAGAGGAGGGUUCUGUCUCUGGCCUGGGAGAACCCGUUCCUCACACACCUGUACUGCACCUUCCAGACCAAGGAGAACCUCUUCUUCGUGAUGGAGUAUCUGAACGGAGGAGAUCUCAUGUUCCACAUCCAGACCUGCCACAAGUUCGACCUGCACAGAGCCACGUUCUACGCAGCCGAGAUCGUCUGCGGCCUCCAGUUCCUGCACUCCAAGGGAAUCAUCUACAGAGACCUGAAGCUGGACAACGUCCUGCUGGACUCGGAUGGACACAUAAAGAUCGCCGACUUCGGGAUGUGUAAGGAGAACAUGGAGGACGACCUGCGGACCUCAACCUUCUGCGGGACGCCGGACUACAUCGCCCCGGAGAUCCUGCUGGGCCAGAAGUACAACAGCUCGGUGGACUGGUGGUCCUUCGGGGUUCUGCUCUACGAGAUGCUGAUCGGUCAGUCGCCGUUCCACGGCCGCGACGAGGAGGAGCUCUUCCAGUCCAUCCGGACCGACUCGCCCGUCUAUCCCAGCUGGCUCACCAAGAUGGCCAGAGACAUUCUGGUCAAGCUGUUUGUCCGGGAGCCGGAGGAACGACUGGGAGUGAAGGGAAGCAUCCGGCAGCACGGCUUCUUCAGCAGCACGGACUGGAGCGCCCUGGAGCAGCGGCAGGUGGCGCCGCCCUUCAGGCCCACGCUGACGUCACCAAGCGACUGCAGCAACUUUGACAAAGAGUUCAUCAACGAGAAGCCGAAGCUGUCGUGUGCCGACCGGACGCUCAUCAACAGCGUGGACCAGACCAUGUUCAGGAACUUCUCCUUCGUCAACCCAGGGAUGGCCCGCAUCGCCGCCCGCUGACCCAAAGCACCAAGGGUUGGCCCUCAUCGCCGACCCAAAGCACCAAGGGUUGGCCCUCAUCGCCGACCCAAAACACCAAGGGUUGGCCCUCAUCGCCAACCCAAAACACCAAGGGUUGGCCCUCAUCGCCGACCCAAAGCACCAAGGGUUGGCCGUCAUCGCCAAGGGUUGGCCGUCAUCGCCGACCCAAAGCACCAAAGGUUGGCCCUCAUCUCCGACCCAAAGCACCAAAGGUUGGCCCUCAUCUCCGACCCAAAGCACCAAAGGUUGGCCCUCAUCUCCGACCCAAAGCACCAAAGGUUGGCCCUCAUCGCUGACCCAAAGCACCAAAAGUUGGCCGUCAUCUCCGACCCAAAGCACCAAGGGUUGGCCCUCAUCGCCGCCCACCGACCCAAAACGUCAACACUGACUGAAACCGAAUCUACAGACUGUGAAUGCCAACGAAGAUGAACCCGUCAACCCCAGUGGGACUGGACUGUGGAACCAGGCAGAUCCGGUUUGUUCUGAGGUUCCUGCUGACUGUGAUCCUCCUGAGACCCAGAUCCAUUUUCUCCUCAUUAGAACUGUUCAGGGACUUAUUAUGAAUCUCAAUGCAUUUGUUUUCCAGACCGCCUCAGAACCCUGAUGGCUUUAGUUGCUCGUUUAUUGAUGGAUUUCAUGUUUCCCUGAGGGAGAGCGGUCUGUUCAUUUGAACUGAUGUUCCUCCAGCCUCCAUCUCUGAAUCCAGGUGUGUUGAAGCUCAGACACGUCUGAAGUCGCAGGACUGAUGUAGAACAGGGUCUGCAGCCUGCGGCUCCGGAGCCACAAUGGAUCUGAUUAGCUUUGGCUAAAAAUUAAAAAGAGCAACUUAAUAUUUUAAAUGUAAAUACAAUUUCAUAUUUUUAAGUUUUUCAUUUUAUUCCUGCAUUGAAUUACCUCUAAGAGCGGCACUAAAAGUAUUAGGAAUACUAGGAAGUACAAGAUGUGAAUUUCUUGUCAUUAGGUUGGAAUAUAUAUGCUUUAUUUUUUUACAAUAUUUUCUGUCCCACAAAAAAAUAAAAAUCCAUCCUCUUUUUACUAAGUGUUGUCUUUAAAUUCUAAAAAUAGAAAUAAAAUGUUGGUUCUUUAAAAAUGACAGAUUUCCUGUAUUUAUCUAAAAUUAUGUGGAACAGAGUAAGGUUUACUCUUUAUUAGGUCAUUCUUACUCAGAAUUACCUCAAGAGCAACUAAAAAGUUGCGCGGCCGCAACUAUAAAUGUUUCAAUUUACAUGAAGACAAACGUUUCUAAUUUAACAGACAUUCAAAAAGUGAGUAAAUUAGUGGGACUUGAAAAACUUUUAAUAGUUACAGCACAGUCUAAUUAAUCACAUUUAAUUAGACAUAUCUACUAAAUAAGCAAUAUUCUUAUUUCAAAAGCAAUUUCUAAAUAGACAUAUAACCUCAAUAACAAAUAUAUUAUUUUUAAUCUGUUAGGUUGUUAAACCAUCAGAUUGAAGCAAAAUACUGUUCUAGCCAUUUGGCUUUCAACUGAUUCAAUUAAAAAUAUAAUUCUGUAGGAAUGCAGGAGCUGACAUCAUUGGGGACGUCUGUGCUGCUGCUACAUGUUUAGCACCGAGAUGCUACUUUAGGCUUGAAAGGCUUUGCCGCUAGGCUAACUCCUUUUAGCACAAUUUGAACACAACAAUAGUCUUUUCCAGCGUCCCAUCGUGUCGGCUUGAAACGGAAAUUAACCGCCAGUGGGCCGAGAGAAGCGGCUUUGCGGAUGCCGCUGGUGCGUCAGAUUUAAGGGCGUACCAGAAACGCGCGGUCGCCGGAACCUUCGUAUGUUAAAAAAAAUGCGGCUAAUAUAUUUAACGCGUUAAAAUCCAUCAUUUGUUAACGAUAAUAAAGCGUUAAAGUCCCGAGCCUAAAAUUAAAACAAUAAUCGGUCUGAUAUUCAGCUGCUGUUAGCGGCCGCAACUAUGUUUCUAUCUACUCGAUUAGCAUUAGCUAACAGAGUAACUCUGGAUUAGCAUUAGCUAGUAACAGGACAACUCCUUCCUUACUAGACCAUAUGGAUCACAAUGGACCGCAGUUACAGGAAAUAAAUACCUCUAAAAGUCAAAUAAGAGCCUGAAUAUGGUGCUGAUCACGGAGUUUAUUCCUCUGUUUGUUUAUGUUCAUGAAAACAUGUCAGACUUUUCUCCUCGGGGUCUCAGGAGGAUUUCUGCUUCCUCAGAAUGUGUAAAUAAAACGUGAUGAAUUUGGCUUGAGAUAAAGUUAGAUGUAAAUAUGUGAGCUGUACUGUAGUCGUGGACGGUUUCGCUCCAGUUCCUGUAUAUUAUAUUAAUAAAGUAAGUUUGUUUUUAAAUGUU